GCAUCCAGCUACUCAUAGCGGGACGGAAGCCAGGCGUUUCAUUUUCGCCUUUUCUCCCCAACUCUUUGGGGCUCAGAGGACAUUAGGCGGGACAAGGGGGUUGAAGAGAUAUGCCUGUACCUCUUGAUUGUGCAGGGGCUGACUCCCAGUUGAGCCACACUCCUCUGCCAGUGCCUGCCUUCUUUCGAGAAGCAGAAUGCAGCUUUUCAGUUAAGAGGGCCCGCCAGCCACUCAGCUAUACUGUCCCUCCACGGCCACGUCAAAAGAGCACACUGUCAGUGAGCCGGAUUUUCUCUGAUCGCCGACUGCAGCCAUGGACUAAACUCCAACCACGCAGUGUUUCCUUCCAUGGUACACAGAAGCAACCACCAUCACCCCUGCAUAGCUGCCUGUAUGAUGCUUCCAAAAGAGAAUUGUUUUUCAGGCAGUGUUUCCAACAGCUCAGCCGUCUGGGGCGGGGAUCUUUUGGUGAAGUGUACAAGGUACGCUGCAAGGAGAAUGGUCAGUUGUAUGCAGUAAAACGUUCUGUGGAACCAUUCCGAGGCAAGAGUGACAGGCAGCGCAAAUUAGCUGAGGUGCGCAAGCAUGAACGUGUGGGGCACCAUCCCAAUUGUGUGAGCUUCGUGCAGGCCUGGGAGGAGCGUGGGCAGCUCUACAUCCAGACAGAGUUGUGCCCAAGCAGCUUGUUGCAGUACUGUGAGGAAAAUGGACCGCUGCCCGAAUGGCAGGUACGGGCCUUCCUCUGGGACUUGUUGCAGGGCCUGCAUCACUUACACAGUCGAAACCUUUUGCACAUGGAUGUCAAGCCAGCUAACAUCUUCCUCUCAUCUAGCAACAGCUGUAAACUGGGUGACUUUGGGCUCAUGCUGGAACUGGACUCUGGGGAUCUGAGUGAUGCUCAAGAAGGCGAUCCCCGCUACAUGGCCCCUGAGUUGCUCUGUGGAGAAUACACCAAGGCUGCUGAUGUCUUCAGCCUUGGCAUAACCAUCUUAGAGAUUUCCUCUAAUAUGGAGCUCCCCAACGGGGGUGAAGGCUGGCAGCAGCUGCGACAGGGCUAUGUGCCUCCUGAGUUUACUGCAGGUCUUUCUGCUGAGCUACGUACUCUACUAGCUUCUAUGUUGGAGCCCACCCAUCAGCUCCGGCCCUCUGUGGAGAUGCUGCUUGGUUCCAGUCUCAUGCAGAAGACUGAGAGAUGGCGGAAGCUGAUGCUUCUAGCACAAUCUGGAAUCCAGCAAGGUGUUUCUAUGUGCAAGACAUUAUUCAGAUUCAUGCAGUGGCUCUGGGCAACUGUGUGCAUUCCAGCUAACUGGCUGCUAUUUUGGCAUCAUAAUGUUCCAGUAACACCUCCACAUUCACCCUUCAUUCUUCCCCUCGAAGACAGCAGCCUAUCUAGUGACUGGGGGGAAGAGGAAGAAGAGAGUCUUGGUGAGGAUAUCUUUGAGAUAACAGACACACAUGGGCAUCACAAUCAUACUUGCCCUGUAAAGCUCCAGUCCUCAGACAAACUAACUGGUUCCCCUCUGCUGAACAUACCGCCAUGUGCCGGAAGCACUUCCACACCACGGCACCCCUCACCACAGCAGACUGUUGGCACAAAGAACAGGUCUUUGGGGCUUCGAGGCAGCCCCAACAUCAGCUGCAUCCGCUCAGAGUCCCCAAGCAGCAGCCCCACUUCAUCAUACUCAUUGUCUGUGAAUAGGCUGUGCCGCACACUAGCAUUUGAAGAGGAGGAGGAGGAAUGGGAAGUAGUUGUUCCCCAGUGCUUGAGUCAGUGCUCUACUUUUGAACCAAAAAACCUACUGAGUUUGUUUGAGGACUCCAUAGUAUCUGAGCAGAAGUGUCAGAGCUGACGAGAUCUUUGUUUCUUUACUUACUGGUUUGCUUGGCCUCCUUCAUGGGCGCACGAAGGAGCUCCUCCCUUUAAACUUUCCGCAUGUGGCAAUAAUCAGUAUGCUUAGAGGGGCUGGACUGCAAUAUUAAGUUAAAUCUAGCAAGUUGGAGGCAGACCUCUACAAUGAUGCUGUUUUGAUAUCCAGAUUCUUACCUUAGAGCAGUUUCUGCUGGCAGGUAAUGGAAAGCAAGCAUAUGGUAUUCUCUGAGGUUGUUUGAAGGGAAAGUGGUCCCUCUGCUAUAUUGGGAUGAGGGUUGAAUAUAAUGUACAUUUUCUUUUGAAAUGUUGUCCCCUCCUGUUUACCUGCCAGGAACAUGCUGCCAUGUGUGGAUUGGGAAACAGAGGCUAUUAAUUUUCUCUCUUCCAUUUGGGGAUUUUAUAAAGGUGGCAGCUGUACAAUUUGACAAUAAAUGCAAUUAGAAAUUUC